CCAUGCAGAAGUACUCCAAAUAGAGGAACAAAAGACCAAGAAGGAAACUAAAGUAGUCCAGCUCCCGGUGGUUCAAGACAAACCUCGUAGAAAAACCCACAAAAGAACUUACAGAUCCAUCAACCACCAUCUCUCAAAAAUGUACAAAUCUAACAACACCCAAAGCUUAGAAUCAAAGAGCUCAAAUCGGCUUAAAAAGCGUUUAAGAUUCAAAGACAAUUACCUAAAGCGUAAUUCCUCUGUAGGCACAAGCCAUCACACUAGACAUCCUUCCCAUGACUACCAAAACAUUCCACGGCCUCACUUAUUGACUAACACACAGUCUCAUAUUCUUCCAACGAUGCCGAAGCCGAGCUCCAAGACUGGGGCCAAAUAUAGAGCAGAAGCCUCCCCAGGAGUUCCUCCUGGGGCAAGAGUUCAGAGUAAACAGCACAUUACAAGACAACCCAAUGCCUCUCUGGUGAAGACCUCCCAUAGCUACUGAGAAGCUCCAAAUGGAAAAUUUAAAGCUAAAUCUUAUGCUAAAAAUCAGCAUUUACCUGAAAAUUCCCAGCUUGAUGUUUUGGAGUCAAAAAUGCAUUCUCUAAGACCUGGGGAAUACAAAGGGCCGAAGACUCAGUACCACAGACACAGAAACACAAUUGGAAUGACUAAUGUAGGCAAGUCUGUAGGACACAGAGAGAAAGACUGAAAAAAUACUACCUCCCUCAAAGCCCGUCAAGCAAGCACAAUCGAAAACAGAGCUCAUAAGCACAAAUUCACAUUCCUCGAGUUCAUCUCGUCCAACUACGAGAAUGAAUACAGCGAUGCUCAGCACAAAUACGAGCUGAGCAAGCACCUUGACUCUGAAUUCAACGAGCACGAACAAGUUAUUUCACUGAAAGGGUGCUUCCAGAAGUUCAUAGAGAGAACCCAUGGGAUCAAUUCUAUUAAUUUAGCCCAGUUUAAGGCUGUAAAGUUCCCCCAGAAGUACCCAAAUUUGAUAUAUGAUGUUGUAUUCUCCCUCGGAGGCAAGAUUGAUAGGUUCUGAGAGGCAGAAAGGAUGCCGGAAGAUUAUAAACGCUGGAUCGCGAGACAGUGAAAGGGAUUACCACUUGAGACAGAUCCGAUAAAUCUUAAGAAACGCGAGGAUAGGUCUUGGCUAUAUUAUGAAGAUAAGAAGAAAGUUAAAAUUAAUGAAAUUCUCAAGAAAGUAGGAGUCCAAAGAAUCGACCUAACCCAGUUUUUCAAGGCAGUUGAUAAAUCUAAAUUGAAAUAA